AUGGGAUCAGUUGACAGGAGGGCCCAUCUUAAAGCUCAUGAUUUUCCCGAAGCCUCCCCUCCCGUCGUCAUAGUCGGUGCGGUACUCAUCCCUCACUUGUCCCCCACUCUUACCCCUCCCGUACUGCCGGCCCUCAAUGAAACCUGUGUCCCAAUCCGUGCGUAUAAUCCUAUCGUCGAGACGCGUGCCGUUCACAUAACGCAUGGCAUUAGCGGCCGACUCUCGGGACAGGUAUUCAACGAAACAGAAACCGCACGGAGUCUUCACAUUGCGGUCCAAACCGAUGAUCACUCUUACAAUUGUCGUUUGGCCACACAUUUCAUGGGCGAAGACCUGUGCGAUCGGGCGGACAUCGAGCGCCGCAAUCGUGUCAACAGGUCUACUGAGCCAACCAUUCCUCUCGAGUCAUACAACGAGGGGUUCGUCGAUAUGAUGGUCAACAGAGACCACAAAAAGGGUCGCAAUUUGUCUGAAGACAUGACCGACUAUGAGGUGGAGUCGAUGGUGGAGUCCAUACUGAACCUGAAGGUCGAGUCCGACCACUCGUCUGGUGGUAACGAUUCCGAUAAUGACAUCGAAGAGAUUGAUGGCAUGGAUGAGGAGGCGUCCAAGAAGUGGAAACCGAAUGUGUUUUUGCCACCAAAACAAGACUUAUCGGAGUUCUUGGACACCGGAUACAAAUUAGAUUUCGAUGAGCCGUCGGACACGUGUGUGAACUACGCGCCAAUACAGGCGCCCAAAGGCUACCUAAGCUGUCAGAAGGCCUAUGGGUUCGACCGGUGGUUCUUAGCGCGACUCAAACGCCUCGACUGUCGAGACGUGAGGCUUGAGUUGCAUUUGUGGCCAACGAUUCUCAAGGGAUUCAGCGUUUGCUGUAUUUCCGGACCAAAGAGUGGCAAAACAAACGCCUUUUUAAUACCAUUGAUGUAUGAGUUGGACAAACCGGCCGCACAUAUGGACAGCCGUUUCAGCACCGGUAGCGAGAGGACGAGUAUCGGCGCGAUAGUGAUGUGUAGUUCCACGCGACAGACAUAUGAGAUCGCACAACAGGCCAAGCGUUGGCGGGACAUCGACGUGAGCGCCGGUAGACAGACGGUGCGCAUCGUGUCGUUGAACUCAUCCAAUGCCGACAAACAGUACAUAAGUCUUAUGAAUGGUUGCGAUAUAUUGGUGUCGACUCCCAAACCACUGCUGAAGGCCAUUCAGGACGAGAUAAUAGACGUAUCGUCCACUCAAUACCUGAUCAUAGAUGAGGCGGAUGUGUGUCUCAAAGUACACGUCAACGCAAUUAAAGACAUUUAUAUAGCGUUCGCGAAGUCUAAAGGACAAAUGAGAUUAUCGAAGGACGGGAAGGGAAUGGGAGAUAAUUUGAUGGCUUUCCAGACGAUGGCGUUCGCCCGCAAAUGGACACAAGGGGUCGAGUGGUUCGCCAAAGAGAUCCAACACAUGCCGGUCGUGACGUUUGGCUCCUAUUAUGAGCUGUCGAUUGCCUUUAAGAUUGAGUGCAAUGUGGAAGUGAUUACCGCCGAUGGAAACCGUGAAGACACUGUCCUAAGAGUCAUACAGAAGGCUAUCGAUAGCAAUAAAAGUCGAAUAGCAGUCGUCUGUCGAACCAUCGAUGAGAUAAAGUUCUUAAAGCGUCGACUGAUGACCAAAUGGACGUGCGUUGUGGUCACCCACGAGACCAAACACUACGACUUGGAACAGCUGUGCAAUAAGUGGCGCACCGGUACUGUCCUAUUGGUGAACGACUCGGCCAUCAGACAGAUCUCGAGUGGAUUCAAGAAGUGUCAGUGUCUUAUCCACUAUAAGCUUCCGAAUGACUUUAAAGAGACAUUUGGCGAUCGGUUCCGACUGAUGAGGGGUUGGCUCAAGAAGUAUGAGACACCGAUUGGCGCCACGAAUGCCCGACGACUGUCGCAGUAUAUACUGAUCGGUGAUGACGACAGCGGACACGAACCCCAACUCAUCCGAUACCUGAAGCGCCUUAAG